AUGGCUUCGUCCAAGUCUGCCCUUGUCCUCUGUGUCAUCAACCUCCUCUUCUUCACGAUGGUAACCUCCACCUAUGCGCAAUCACCAACACCAUCUCCUCCUUCCUCAGGAAAUCAGCCAAGUUGCCCUAUGAAUGCACUUAAAUUAGGUGUCUGCGCCAAUGUGCUGGAUCUCGUCGGCUUCCGCCUUGGCCAGCAGUCGAAGACCCAUUGCUGUUCCCUCCUUGGGGGCCUCGCCGACCUCGAUGCCGCCGUCUGCCUCUGCACGGCCAUUAGAGCCAAUGUCUUAGGUAUCAACCUUAACAUUCCCAUUAACUUGAACAUGAUUCUCAACGCCUGUGGCAGAAACGUCCCCUCGAACUUUCAGUGUGCUUAA